UUCCUGCAGAAGAACAACAGUCUGGAGGAGAGGGGCAGGAUGGUGAGCUCGUUUAAGGAGCGCUCCGCCAGAAACCUGCUGUCCUGCGACAACAGUGGAGGAGAGGCGCGCUUCAGGAGAGCAGAGACAGACUUCUCCAACCUGUACGCCAGAGAUCUGCUCCCUGCCAAAAAUGGAGAGGAGCCUACCAUGCAGUUUCUGUUGGAAGUUGUGGAAAUCCUCACCAACUACAUCCGGAAGACAUUUGACCGAUCCACUAAGGUCCUGGACUUCCAUCACCCCCACCAGCUGCUGGAGGGCAUGGAGGGCUUCAACCUGGAGCUGUCCGACCAGCCGGAGUCUCUGGAGCAGAUCCUGGUGGACUGCAGGGACACCCUGAAAUACGGAGUGAGAACAGGUCACCCCAGGUUCUUUAACCAGCUGUCCACCGGAUUAGACAUCCUGGGGUUGGCAGGAGAGUGGCUCACCUCUACAGCCAACACCAAUAUGUUUACCUAUGAGAUUGCCCCCGUGUUCGUGCUCAUGGAGCAACUGACACUCAGAAAGAUGAGAGAGAUCAUAGGCUGGCCGGAUGGAGAGGGAGAUGGAAUAUUCUCUCCAGGAGGGGCCAUUUCCAACAUGUACAGCGUGAUGAUUGCCAGAUACAAGUUUUUCCCUGAAGUCAAGACCAAAGGCAUGGCAGCUGCUCCAAGACUGGUCCUCUUCACCUCAGAGCAGAGCCACUAUUCCAUCAAGAAAGCAAGUGCAGCUCUGGGAUUUGGAACAGAGAACUUGAUCCUUUUGAGCACAGAUGAGAGAGGGAGAGUCAUUCCUGCCGAUUUGGAAGCAAAAGUACUCGAGGCCAAGACAAAGGGUUAUGUUCCCAUGUUUGUGAACGCCACCGCAGGUACCACCGUCUACGGAGCCUUUGAUCCUAUCAAUGAGAUUGCAGACAUCUGUGAAAAAUACAACAUGUGGCUUCAUGUGGACGGCGCGUGGGGAGGAGGUUUGCUGAUGUCCAGGAAACACAGGCACAAGCUGAACGGAGUGGAGAGGGCCAACUCAGUCACCUGGAACCCUCAUAAGAUGAUGGGGGUGCCGCUGCAGUGCUCUGCCGUUCUGGUCAGAGAAAGGGGGUUACUACAAGGCUGCAACUCCAUGAGUGCGGGGUACCUCUUCCAGCCCGACAAACAGUACGAUGUCACAUAUGACACAGGCGACAAGGCCAUUCAGUGUGGGAGACACGUCGACAUUUUCAAGUUCUGGCUCAUGUGGAAAGCAAAGGGAACAAUAGGAUUUGAGCAGCAUAUCGACAAGUGCUUGGACUUGUCGGCUUACCUGUACAAUAAAAUAAAAAACAGAGAGGGCUAUGAGAUGGUGUUCAACGGAGAGCCGCAGCACACUAAUGUCUGCUUUUGGUACAUUCCGCCGAGCCUGCGUGGCUUGCCUGAUGGUGAGGAGAGGCGCGAGAGGCUGCACAAGGUGGCCCCAAAGAUCAAGGCGAUGAUGAUGGAGUCUGGCACUACCAUGGUGGGUUACCAGCCACAAGGAGACAAAGUCAACUUCUUCCGCAUGGUCAUCUCCAAUCCGGCGGCCACCAGGUCAGACAUCGACUUCCUGACUGAUGAGAUAGAGCGACUAGGGCAUGACUUGUAA